CCGUCACUAGGCAACGGGAAUAACAGAGGCCCCCUGAGAGCGCCUGCGCGGCAGUCAGUUGUGGGGCGGGGGCGUUUGGUCAGGAAAACUAAGUCCUGGGGUUUCCCCUGAACUGGAGCGGUCAGCGAGAGCCUCAGGCUUCAAUCCAAGCCCUUGAAUGGCUGGUCUCCAGCUGGCGCCAACUCUGCCUGUGGGCGUUAUCUUGCCAUACAAUAAAACGGAAGCUUCAGGGCUCUGCUCAGCUAAUCAAGACCCUUACGAAAAGGGUGAUUCUUCCCAGCGGACCCCAAUGGGGCACCUGAGAAAAAAUUUCCAGCAGAAGCUUUUAACCAACAAAGAGCUGAUGCUGGAUAACCUCUACACUCACCCCAAAUGGAACACAAAAGCCCGGAGCUACUCCUAUCCCUGCUGUGCUGGAAUUAGCCAGCAAGAUUCAAGAAGCAAUCCCCAGGGCCAAGCAAAGGGUUUGUUUUACUCAUCAGGCCCUCAAUUCCGGUAUCCCAAAGCCAGUAAUCAGGAGUUCAUCCCCUUUACAAAAAAGCAAGUUGGAGUGGACCGGGCAUACCCAUUGAAACCCGUGUUCCAUAGGAAGCCUCACAGUCCAGGCGAGGCUGGCACUGAUGUGGACCAGAAUGUCUCUCCAAGAUCUCCUCAGCCAAGAGAGUUUUCAUACAGCAGCUUUGGUUCGAGGAACUGGGUGAAUUCAUCUGUGGUUAGUACUGAUGCUGCCCCACAGGAAGAGAGGGCUGUGGUGCAGCCCAGCAGCACUGAGUGGAUGCAGAUCCAAAGACUAAAAGCUGCAGGGGAGAGCUUAGGGGAGGAGAUCCGAAGAAAAGAGACCCUUUUGAAGGCAAAGCUGAAGAAGACAGAGGAGGAACUGAGAAGGAUCCAGAAGGAAAAAGAACAGACUGAGGAAAAUGAAAAAAGAGAGCUACAGAGAAUGAUACUCCCCAGAAGGAGACUUAAAGGUCAUAGCAACCCCAUGUACAAACCCGUCUGCUCCCUGGAAUCCAGGUCUGAGAAGGUCUUUAGUAGAGACAGGGCAGAAGAUGAAACCUGGGGACAGUCUCACAAAAAUUUGAGUCCAUUCCAGUUCUCUAGUCAUGGAAUUCAGAAGCUUAAAAGGGAAAGACUUAUAGCAAGCAAUAAUAAAAUCCGAGACCAUGUCUCAGGGCCAUUGAAAGAGAAGUUUUCUCAGCCUUCAGAGGCACAAGGCAGUGCUUUGCAGAGAUCUACCAACAAUUCUGGUUUGUCUAGGGCCCCAGACUCCUCAGAUUCCGGCCAUUCCACUGAUGAGCCAGAACUUGGCCAGUGCAGCCACUGUGGACGCAAGUUUCUCUUGCUCAGGCUGGAGAGACACUCCAGCAUCUGCAGCAGGAUGCAGAGUUCCAAGAGGAAAGUGUUUGACUCCUCCAGGGCCCGGGCUAAGGGCACAGAACUAGAGCAGUACUUGAACUGGAAGGGACCAGCCUCUGUCAAGGCUGAACUUCCUCGGAAGAGCAACUGGAGACAGAAGCAUGAAUCUUUCAUCCAUUCCCUCCGUCAGAGUCGAGAGGUCCAGCAGGUAAUUGCCAAAGGUGGACACCCUUCAGACUUGCCUCCCAUCCUGCCUGCAGAAAAUCCAGAUUAUAUUCAGUGCCCUCACUGUAGCCGCCACUUUGCUCCCAAGGUGGCUGAAUGGCACAUUCCCAAGUGUAAGACCAUCAAGAACCGUCCUCCACCUCCAAGGAAGUAUUACGAUUGAGCAUUCAACAGCAGAAACCUUGAUAGUCUGGGAGGCUCUGGUUCUCUUCAGCACUAAAUGGAAAUAAUUUGAUGCAAGUGGAAGUAAAACUUUUACAUUCUCCAGAUCUGCCUACAGAGAUGAAAUCAGUGAGGAGAGACCCAUUGCUAAGCAGCAGGAGGCAGAUGGAAGCCUCAGCUUCCCAAUCAAUUACCACUUCAGGUUGGCAUGCCUUUUGUUAUUGCCCUAAGAAGUGAUGGGUGAAGACACUUAAAGUGAGCAAGCUACAUUAAAGCUCUCUUCUCACGAGCCUGACUUGUGGUCUGUGCUAGUUAAGUGCCUUCCUGCCACUGCCUCUGCCUGUAUGCCUGUGGUUCCUGUUAACCCUUCUUACUCUUGCAAAGAAGUUGGCUCAUUAGGGUGAGUUGGUGUCAAGAUCAAGGUCACCCAGAUGGUAUCUCUUAUAAAAGAAAAUAUGAUUUUGCUGUAAGGCAAACUGUCCUUCACCUCCCUUGUGCAUGGUCCUGGCCAAAAACCAAUGUAAGUAUGUAAGGUUAGGGCACCAGUGUAUCUUAAACCCUCCUUGUGGUGUGCUAUAUAAUAAAGGGAACCUCAUCUUUAUGUACUUUACAGGGGGAAACACACCAUCUCUCUGCAGUUGUUCUUUUCUAAUGGAUUUCACAUGCCAAAACAGAACAAAACAACUUCAGCUUCAGCUAUUCCUAGCACUCUGCUUUCAGAUCAGGUUGGUUGGAUGGCUUUUUAAAUGAGGCAGCAAAAUCUACUAUCAAAGCAAGCUUGGGACACUGCAGUGUCACAUCCCUGCUGAUGAUGCCACAGUAAGCUUCUGUUUUAGAAAGUAAUUUUGAUGGAAAAGAUGCCCUAUCUUUUAGUUUCUCUGUGCAGAUUUGUGGCUACUCCAAGUACCUUCAUAAUUAGGCCCUCAAUAAAUGGGGUUUGGGACUUAAAAUUAAUGAGUGAGUCCUAGACGUGUUAAGUGAGAGAAGGUUUACGGUUAUUGUCAGGGUAUAUCAGUGCAGACAGGAUGAAGCUAGCACAACAGAUAUGAAAUAUUGUGGGACUGCUGUCCUGAGAGCAUCACUCAGAUUGUGUUUUAAUAUACUGGAGAAAAACCACCCAACCUGACCUGGGCAAAGGGGACUGUGGAAGACAACAAAACAGAAAUAUUUGACCAAGUAACAAAUGGCCACUCACUCUUGAUCCAUUUCCGCUGCAGCUUCUGCUGUGUGGCUGGGCUAACAGAUCAGACCACUUUGAAAUGUGAGUUUAAGGCUUUAUAUGUGAAGCUGCAGAAUGCUAGGCUGAAAAAAAAUUAUAUUAAAAAGUUUAUAUUAGAUUACUUUAUGCUCUUCUUAAUAUUACAAAGAAAACGAAGUAUCACAUGAUGGUGUUUUGGCUGGCCACUUAAAGUAACCUCACAUACAGACACUGGAUAGUUAACCCAAUUUGUAUACCCCACCCCCCACCCUCCAGGCAAGUUUAGUGAGGUGCACACUUUAAGGUUCCCACUUGAUGGUAAAAGUGAUAGCAAGAAUGAGGUAUGGCCAAGGUCACAGUGGUAGCCUGUGGGCUGCUUUGUACUCCGUAUCUUUGACUGGCACAGCAUUAAAAAUAUUUGACAUUUAAAUACUGGGAUAUGUAGGAACCCUUGAAACACUGCAAGUUCUGGAAACACCAGUUUUAACACUGAGUGGGUUUGAGAAUCAGUUGCUCCUUCAGAUGGGUCAGAGCACUGACCACCAGUUCCACCUGGCAUGCUUCACUUGUUUGCCCAUCUGCCUAGCCCCCCAGGCCUUUGGGUUUGGGAUCCCUGGAUGAUGUUAUUAAGGUCACAGAUCAGGGCCCUCUAGGAAGAACAAAUGUGUGUGGAGGGAGUGCUUUCUAGAGACACAGGAAGCAAUUAUUCAUUCUUAUGUUGCUAGAAAAAUAAAUAGUCGUCAAUUGUCUUACUGUUCCCUUCAAUCUCAACAUUAGUUAGGCCUUGAUUGUACUAGGAAUCUCUAUUAGUCUUUUAAAUUUAGUUUGUUAUGAUUUUGGAGUGAUGCUUUUUUCUAUCUAGUCUCUUCCUGGUUAAGAGAGGAUGAUAAUGAAUAAAUAAAUGCUGUUUGUUAGUGUC